CAAAGCUCAUAGAGAAAAUUGCAGACACACCACCGGUCUAUAAGUAUUACACAACACUUCUUCACUACCAUUACCACAAACACAAGUCCUCCAUUUCCCAAUCCAUCUCUGAGAAGCAAAUCACCCCAUUAAAAAAGAACAAGUGAGGAAAAAAAAAUGGCUGAGAAGGAUGCAGAUCAUGAAGCAAACGCAUACCACCAGUCCGAGGAGCUCAAACGCCAGAAGAAAAUCAAAAGGUUGAAAUAUUUUGGUAUUUUCGUUGUGUUUCAAGUCAUAGUCAUCACCAUAUUCUCACUCACUGUGAUGAAAGCUAAGACUCCAAAACUCAAGUUGGCAAGCAACGUCUAUAUCCAAACACUCACCUAUUCCCCGACAACGCCUUCGUUCGACAUGAGCUUCGUAACACAAGUCAGAGUGCGAAACCCAAACUGGGGUCCUUUUAAGUUUCGUGACGGCACCGUCGUGUUUACGUACCAAGGUGUGGUUGUUGGGCAAGUUUAUAUUCCAAAUGGCAAAGUCGGAUUGCGAUCCACCAAAAAAAUCACUGUGCUUGUGAAUGUGAAUUCUAAUGCGUUGCCAAGCAAGUCUGCUCUUGGAAAUGAGCUCAGCAAUGGCUUGCUGUUGCUGACCAGCACAGCUGAGUUGAAGGGAAAGGUUGAGUUGAUGCUGAUCAUGAAGACAAAGAAGACAGCUGAAUUGGGCUGCUCUAUGGUGUUUAAUUUGGCAGCAAGGUCUCUCCAGAAUUUGGAUUGUAACUGAGAAUCGAACAUGGCUCUCUCUCUCUCUCUCAUAAGCCAAUUUUAGUUUUAUGUUUACAAAUUUUGAUUGUUAUAUUGUUUACAAAUUCUGUU